UUCACCAUGAAGCCCAGAAGUCUUUUCCCUCGCUCUUCAAUGAACCCCGACAGCAGAAUCAGGAGAUGGGGUCUCCAUUCACCCAGGACCGAUCCACCACCGUUCCAGAACGACAGUGUGGCCCCGGCUCAUUUAAGGUGGAUUACCAUGGUCACCCGAUCCCGGAUUGUCGUCUUGGAGAGCAAAUCAGGCCAGGGGUUUCACAAAGUCUCUCCAGACCUUGGUACUCCUUCCCAGCUCCGGAAGCUUGGCCUCAGGGGUCGCUUGUGACUCGUCACGCCCACGCCCUGCCGGAGAGCACCCGCGACUCGAGCAGGGAAGAGAGCGGCAGGGGUACUGAGGACAAAUACUUGCCGGCCGUGCCACCAUUCUACAGCUCCCCCUGGAACUCCUGCUGCCUGCCCCAGCCCUCCUCAGCUCCCAGCCCGCCUGCCGAUCGGACUUCGGCCGGACCGGGGCCUGCCACUCUGCCGAACCACCGCCAGAACCUCCCUGGGGAGCACCGGAGUCAACCAUCCAGCCCCCAAAUCCCGGGGGAAGACCACAGAGCCGGCAGUCCCGGGCAAGAAGACGGAACCAGAUGGAUACCUCCAGACGGCGGCAAUGAAGAUUCUCCCACUUCGGAGGACUUGGAGCAGUUUGCAAAAGAGCUGAAGAAGAAGCGCAUCACAAUGGGCUUCACACAGGCUGAGGUGGGCUUGGCCCUUGGGGCCUUAUAUGGGAAGAUGUUCAGCCAGACGACCAUCUGUCGUUUUGAGGCGCUGCAGCUGAGCUACAAGAACAUGUGCAAGCUGAAGCCCCUGCUGCAGCGGUGGCUACAAGAGGCCAAGGACAACGACAACUUCCAGGAGCUGUGCAGCAUCGACCAAACACUGACUCCAUCCCGCAAGCGGAAACGGCGUACCAGCAUCGAUAACAACGUGAAGGAGGCGCUGGAGAAUUUCUUCGUCAUGUGUCCGAAGCCAACGACUCAAGAGAUCUCGAAGAUUGCUGAUGACCUCAACCUGGAAAAGGAUGUCGUCCGAGUCUGGUUCUGCAAUCGCCGCCAGAAGGGGAAGCGGGCUGCAUUCCAGUUUGGGGAAGAGUUUGAGGGGUUACCCGAGUAUGGAGUGUCCACGUUCCAGUCAGACCCUGGUUUGUUAUAUGGUCGAUUGAAAUCGAUCUCUGAAGACCCAGUUCGGACUUGAACACAUAUUACAUGGACAAGGCUGGCUUGAGGGUAUUGCAGCUCUGCUGAGCUGCCACCUUUAAGAUGAACCAUCAAGAAACUCACCCUUUUGCUCAAGUGGAUGUGAAGCACACCUGAAUGACUUUUGCAGAGAGCUAUCGA